AUGACUACCGACGACAUUGUGACCGACCCAAACCUUGCCGCAGUCCUGCGCGUCUCGCAACAGGCGCGGCAGCAGGCAUUGGAGCUCGUGGACUUGAUCGCAAAAUCCGAGUCGCCAUCGCAAGAGGCGAUCUCUCAGCUAGCAAAGCAACAGAAGUUGCUGACGGGGAGCCUGUCGCAGCUCCGAGGACUGCACAGGGCAGCUUGCUUUACGGCACGCGAGACAAAGGCUAGGACUGCUGAUGCCCGGCAAGAGGUCGAUCGCUUGCACCUUCAGCUUCAAAACCUAAACUACGAGCAGAGGCAUCUCCAAGGAGAGAUUGAUGCGUGUGAUAGCUACGAUCACCCAUACCUGGAGCUGCCUCUGAUACCUGAGGAGGAAUAUCUGGCUCAACACCCCGAGCACGCGAACAUCGAUCCAAAUGAGUUGAUGACCGAGAGGAUACAGCACGAGAAACGGCAACGCGAGGCCCUGGAGAAGCAGCGAGAGGCGUUACUGAAAAACAAGACGAAGCUCAUUGCAGACAACAGGAAGAGGAAAGACGACCUGGCAAACCUUGACAAGGACCUGGAGAAGUUCAUCGAUGCUGCGAAACCAAUCCAGGAGCUUUUCGACAAGAUCGUCUGA